AUGACGGCAACGUCUACCGACGAUGCCGAGAAAGAUAUCGAAGAGGUUUGCGAGGAUGGAAGAUGCAUCGAUGGCGGCAUCCAAGCAACGGAGUUGUCGUACUGUGUUCGCUGCGACAGCACAUACUGCAGGUACGAGAUGAGGAAACGCCGCGAGGAAGUCAAAUGCUGA